CAUAUGGGUGUGGGUGUGAUUUCUGGGUUGUGUGUGAGGCCCAGAUCCCGUCUGUGCCCCCGCCCGAUCCGCCGGCGGCGCAGCGACAGGAUGGAGAGGAGGAGCCGGGCGGGGAGGGACCUGGACACGGCUGCACCCAAUUGGCUCGGCCCCACCUGCCGCCGCCGCCCGCGCUCGGUGCCAUGGGCCGGCUGCGGGCCCUGAGCCCCCUGGCGCUGCUCUGUCUCUGUCUGCCCGCAGCAUGCCUUGACCCCUGCGUCCCCAGCAUCACCCCCCCCAAGCCUGUGGUCCCAUUCGGGGGCUCCGUGGACCUCAACUGCACCUGUGCAAAUGCCAGUGAGCUGAACUGGGAGGUAUCGGUGCUGAAGAAGACACAGCAGGGGCCUGGCUGGGUGUCCCUGAGCAUCACCAACAUCUCAGACUGGAGCCCAGUGGACCUGAAGUGCUACAGGCAGGGGGACCUUGAGGGCCGGGCCAUUGUCGAGGAUAUGCUCCAUGUUUAUGAGCUCUCCCACCUUGAGAUCCACCCAGAUGCUGAGAUUGUGGCCAGGCGCAAGGGGCAGGUCUUUUGCCGUGUCUAUGCCCGCACAUCCGAAGAGUCAGAGCCUGACCUCACCUUGACAUUGAGCAGCGGCGGCCAUGAAUGGCUCAGAACCCACAGGAAUCACUCUCUGCAGUAUGACUUUGUGCUAAAGCCUGAGCAAGAUGGUACCGAGCUUGUAUGUGAGGCCAAGCUGCACCUGGGCCAGCAGGAGUUGUCUGUGAAUACCAGUGUCACUCUACGUGUCUGGGCCAUACCCUACAAUGUCAGUGUCUGGGCUGAGCAGAUGUCAGUGGCAGCUGGUGGCAACAUUGUGGUGCGGUGCCAUGCACAGGGGAACCCACCACCUGUGCUGCACUGGGUGCUGCCUUCUGAGGAUGGCGUGCAGCGGCUGGACAAUGACAGCAUUGUGACCAUCAGCACGGCCCAGAGUGCCCACAAUGGCACCUACAAGUGCGUGGCUGAGAACCGCUUUGGGAGUGUUACGGGCCAGACUGACGUGGUUGUAGAAGCCUCCUAUCAGGUCUGGGUUGCACCUGUGGUGGUCGUGGUCAUGCUGAUUGUCGUGGCGGUCAGUGGCUUCCUCUGGUACUCAUUCAAGUAACCGGGCUGGAGUACAACAACGGCUCACCUGGGGACUCCGGGCCUGUGCCAGUGCCCUCUGACUGCAUUGGCCAGCCCCCAGCUCCUGCUUCUGCUACAAGCCGCACAACCCCUCCCCCCCCCCCCCCCCCAUCCACCCAGGUUGAUGGAGGAUGAGGGUCAUGCAGGAGGGCUCAGCUGGCUGGUCCAAGCCAUACCACUGAGUUCAGCAGCUUUGCAUCCAACCUGCCCAUGUCCCGGAUCUGCUGUGACCAGUUGCCAUGGGGUCCUGGUUGGGAAUGGGGCCUGCAUGGCCAUGGGGCAUCCCUUUUACCUGCUGGGAGCACCUGCUGGCAAAGCUGAUGGCCUUGGAUUGGUGGUUGAAAGUCCACAGGAGAGCAAGGAGCUCCAUGAAAAGUUGCUCAUGUGGGAAACAGGCAGAACUCUCCAUCCUCGGAGUCAUCUGGAUCGGCUCCAGCUGGAUCAUCCACUGGGGGGUGCACACGAGCAAGGGUGAAUCUAAGGGGGCUGUGAGGCAGUUACCCCCUUCAGUUCCUGCUUCCAGCUGGCUGGGAGGGGCAGCAGCAUUUCUUCUCCUCCUUCCUGCCUCAUUAUAAUGUACCUGAUUCCUGCUAAUCUCAGUUGCUAACAACCCUCUCUCCUUUUAGUGGCUCCAUUAACCAAAUUCUUUUUGCUAUUCCAGUGUAUCUGCCUGUCAGCUCCUCCACAUACCGCUUCUCAUCUGUGUCACAGCUGGGCCCACUGGUUUUAGUCCUACCUAAAAACCUUAACUCAGGUGUGCUUGGAUUAACUCAGGUGAACAUUGGCUCAAACCCAGUCAUACCCCAUUCCCUCUCCCUUUCAGCCUCUGCUCUCUGCUGCCGUGCGACACAGGAGACUGGGCAAGAGGGACCUAGGGUCUGGUAAAUGGCAGUUCUUAUGGUCCUCUCUUCAUAACAUUAACUCAAACGUGGAAAUGACUGACUGUAGCAUUGUCAAGAUGCUUCAGAGGGCCAGCCCCAGCCUCUAGUAUUUUUGCUUUGAUCUUAAACAGAAUACUCAAGCCCCUGACAGAGUAAUACAGCUUCUAGCUUUUUUUUACCUGGA